AUGAAAAGCACCUGUAAUAAGUGUGGGAAAACCUUCCAGAAAUCACAACCCACUGACCCUCAGAGAACUCACACAGGAGAGAAACCCCAUGAAUAAAAGCUUCAUGUAUGUAAUGAAUGCAAGAUAUCUUUUUGUCAUAGCUCAGCCCUGAAGGUCCAUCAGAGAAUUCACACAGGAGAGAAGCCCUAUCAAUGUAAGGAUUGUGGGAAGUCCUUCUAUGCAAAAUCAAACUUCAACCAUCAUCAGAGAACUCACACAAGGGAGAAACCAUACGAAUGUAAGGACUGUGGGAAAUCCUUCUGUGUGAAAUCAAACCUAACUAAGCAUCAGAAAACGCAUACAGGGGAGAAACCUUUCAAAUGCAAUGAAUGUGGGAAAACUUUCUCACAGAAGUCACAAUUUGCUGAUCAUCAGAGAACACACACAGGGGAGAAACCCUACAAAUGUACUGAGUGUGGCAAAUCCUUCUACUAUAAGUCAACCCUACAAGUACAUCAGGGGAAGCAUACAGAAGAGAAACCCUAUAAAUGUACUGAAUGAGGGAAAUCCUUCUGCUAUAAGUCAGCCCUGAUUAUACAUCAAGUAUCCCAUACAGGAAAGAAACCCUAUGCCUGUAAUGAAUGUGGGAAAACCUGUGUGAAGUCAAAUCUCACUAAACAUCAGAAAAUUCACACGGGAUUGAAACCCUAUGAGUGUAAUGAGUGUGGCAAAUCCUUCUCUAUGAAUUCGAUCCUCACUGUACAUCAAAGAACUCACACGGGGGAGAAACCCUACGAGUGCAAUGAAUGUAAGAAGUGCUACUACAAAAGGCGGCGCUCACUAAACAUUAGAAAACUCACAGGGGAGAAACCACACAAACGUAAUGCAUGUGAGAAAGCCUUCCUUAUGAAGUCAACCCUCAUUAUACACCAGAGAACUCACACUGGGGAGAAACCUUUCAAAAGUCAUUCUAUGUGA